CGGCCGUCGGUCAGGAAGUUUAGCCUCCAGUGUUCCGCUGCUGCGUCGGAAUCUUGAGGACACAAACCAAGUGAGAGAAAUCCUCCAACCGGAGAAAAAGUUCCGAAAAAGCCUGGGACACAUGAAGUCACAGCUGAACAUGGAGAACCUGAGCAAGCCAGAGUUGCUGAGGCUUUUCAGCAUCCUGGAGGGAGAACUGGAGGCCCGGGACCUCGUCAUUGAAGCCCUUAAGGCCCAAUGCAAACACAUGUUCAUCCACGAGCACUACGGCAAGUACAACCUCAGCGACCCCUUCCACGCCUUGCAAAGAGACAGCGAGCUGAUGGGACAGAACAAGGGCUGUUCCUCUCCAACAUCUAACCCUCUGGUGGUGCUGAAAAUGGUGGUGAGCCACUGCAGGAAAAUGCAGGAAAAGAUGCUGGCCCAGCUGGCUGCUGCUGAGAGCCGACACCGAAGGGUUAUUGCAGACCUGGAGGAAGAAAAGCGGAGGCACGCAGAGGACACAGCUGAGGGAGAUGAUGUCACCUACAUCCUGGAAAAAGACAGGGAGCGUCUCCAACAGCAGCUGGAGUUUGAACGGAGUCAGGUCCGCAGGCUGGAGAAAGAACAGUGGCGUGUCACUGAGCAGCUGGAGGAAGAGCGGGCUCAGCAUAAACACCUGUCCUGUGCUCUGGCUAAAGAGUGCAAAUGGGCGAGUGCCCGGGCUCUGGAGGAGGGUCACCUCCUCACUGAGCUGAACCACAAGCUUGACAAGGAGAAGGAGGCAUGUCACUCCCUGAGGAAAGAGCUGGAGGACGAGCGGGCGAGAGCUCUGCGCAUGGAGGCCAGAGUGGAGGAGCAGCUGGCUGAAUUCGACACUGAACGGGAACAACUCCGCUCUCGCCUGAAGAAGGAGGAAGCUCACUGUAGUCAGCUGCAGCAACAGGUGAAAGAACUGAUGAAGAAGUUGGAGGAGGCUCAUGGGAUUACAGAACUAAGAGGGACCAACAUGACUCCAGUGGAGGCAGAGGAAAGUGAAUGGGCUUCAAGAGUUUGUCCAGGAAGCAGUUUGGUGGAGAGCAUGAUGGGUAAUGACAGUAAGGAAGACCUCUCACUCGACCAGCAACACGUCAACAGUCACAGAUGUUCAGGGGAGACCAAUGGCUACCAUGAUUCCAGUAGUGCUUCGUCAGAGAAGACGUCCCUCCAGAACGGAACAGACACUUUUCCACUUCAUCACUCACAGAUGUCCCCCCCUGGCUCCAGUACGCCCUCCCCCAUGCUCGCCUUUUCCUCUCCCUGUGCCAAGCGCUCGCCGGGCAGCUCGGGUCCUGGAGGGUACCAGUCUCCGUACCAGGCUGGGAUCAACCAGCGUUUUCACGCGGCGCGCCACAAGUUCCAGAGCCCAGCCGAGCCCGAGUCGCCAUCCCCGGCCGGACAUCCCGCUCUCCCGCUUCCUACAACCUGUGGCUCCUCCCCCGAGGCCAGCCCAGUGAAGCAGAUGGCGAGGAGCACGGUCACUCAGGUUCUGUCCCGUUUCACCACGGUCCAGCAGAGCGCAUCGGCAAAACACGCCUCCCAGAACAACUCCCCCUUCGGUACUGACUACCGCAGCCUGGCAGCACCCCUGUCUCCAGCCCCCGCCAGGGCUGCCGGGACAAAUCCUCAGCCGAUUCCUUCCCCCACCAUUUCCAGAGUGGAAAGGGGCAACCCCCCACCCAUCCCUCCUAAGAAGCCAGGUCUGGUCCAGGCCCCCUUAUCCCCCGCUGUGGGGGCCAAGUCUGCCAGCCCCCUGUCAGGCAGCUGUGGGCUCACCUCCGCCCAGGAGGGGGUCCUAGAACUGGAUAUGGUGGUUUCCUCCAACUAACAUUCCAGUGAUCAGAUUGUAGCUCAAUGUUUAUUCCUGAGAUCAGCUGGUAUUUGAUGACAUAUCAUGUUAGAAAUGUGUAGAGACCAAAUGACUGUAAAAAGGUGCCAUUGAUUAAUCUUGUAUAUAUUGUAGUCUUAAAAAAUACAUUUCCUAUGAUUUCAUGUUACUUAGUAAAAGUUAUAGUGUAGGUACAGAACUAAGCUAAAAUAGUUGAUGUGAAAGAUCUUUGGACUAAUGUGUGCUACAUGAUCUCCAUGUACAUUCAUGAUUCUUCUUUGUUGUUGUAGAUCACAUACCCAACAGUGUGGUUAUAUAAAUGUAUUUCUUAUUAUUUUACAUAAGAUCAAUAUCAUUAAAUGAUUAUGAUUUAGGAUGUUUUAUGACUUCAUGUCUUCUGUGUUUUGAUUCAUUAUGAAACCACCUGUUAACCCACCCCGAUGGAAAUGUUUUUUUCUGUUUUUAACAUGUUCUUGUGGCAUUUUUCUGAUAAUGGAAGACAUUUAUAAAGAAAACU